UUUACUGCUCUGCGCACUUGGGUGAUAUCAAGCAAGACACUGCAACCCGCUGGCCAUGGUAACCUCCCUCUGGACCCUGCCGAGUGCAGCGCGAGGGCUCGUCGUCGCCCUCCUAGCCUUACGCGCAUGGUCAAGCACGGGGGCUUUCGUGAAGCCUCAUCUGUUCAGAAACGGCGGAGUUCUGCUGUUGACAUCUACGAUGCGCGGGAGCUUCUCAACCCCAAGGCAACAGCGACGUCGCCAGCACCAGCACCACCAACAGCGGACGUCUUUUGCCCAUCCAAUCCCGGCCAGGACGAGCAGCGGCACUCGUAGCGGGACGGGUAGGGUCAUUCUCCUUGCCACCUCUACAGGCGGAGGCGAUGACGUUGUCGUCGUCAGCACGGAUACCACGAAGGCGCAGAUCCCUCCCAUGGCCACACCCGAGACUAAGGAGAAGAAGCCGCCCAACCUCAGCGCCUACUGGGAAAUCCUGAGGCCGAAUAACAUCCCGGCCUCCUUCGGCCUCGUGGCAGCGGGGGCGUUGGUUGCCUCGCACACCGCCGUCGCGCUGUUGGAACCGAAGGUCCUGCUCACGGCGUUUGCGGCCGCGGCAGUGUCUGUCGGGUCCUGCGUCCUCAACGACUGGUUCGACAUCGAGUUGGACCGCGUGAACGAGCCGGAGAGGCCGCUGGUGACGGGCGAGGUUGUUCCCGUUCACGCUCUUGGGAUCGGGGUGGCUUUUCUUCUGGCGGCCGUGGCAAGCGCCUCUUUCGUCAACCCGGCCGCGCUGCAGGCCACCAUCGUAGCCUCCGUGGCACUAACCCUAGCGUACACCCCGCUGCUGAAGCCGAUCCCGCUCGUCAAGAACUUCGUGGUGGCGAUGGUCAUCGCCGCUGCUAUCGGCGCCGGGGGGCUGGCCGCGGGCGCCGGGGUCGCGUCGACUCUCACCCCAUCUGUGCUCACGUUUUUCGUCAUCGGUCAUCGCGAGGUCCUGAUGGACAUCGCCGACGUGGAGGGCGACCGGGAGGCCGGGGUACGCACCCUGCCGGUGCUGAUGGGCCGCCAGGCUGCCCUGGUCUUCGCCACGGCGCUGCUGUCGGUGGGGGUUGGCGCCGCCGGCGUCGGCAUUCUCGAGGGAACGGCGGACCCGGAAAGGCCGGCGGCGGCGGCCCUGUCCGCACUGUUCGUGCUGCCGCUCUACGUCAACCUGUUCCUCGUGGGUCGCUCCUCAUACUCUAAGGAGAGGCUUUCGUCGGCCAUCGAACAGACGCUCGGACCGCUCGCGCUCGUUCUGGGGCUCAUGGGGGUCGUGCUGAGGUAGCUACCGCUAAGCGUUUUUUUUUU